AUGGUCCAGGAUUUGAUAUCCGAAGUAUUGAUAUCGAGUAUCGUCACAUUGUGGGAGAGGCGAGCCCUAAUUUCAGUGCUCUGCUACAAAGACUUAAAAUUGGUGAUGGAGAUUAGGGAGAUAGAAGCCGUUCUUACGCAGAUUGAUGUGGCAUGUCGUAUUCUCCUCCCGCAAUCCUCCGGUCAGAAACUCCCCAUUCAUUUUGUCAUAUGGCUAGAUGAUGUUGAUUCUGAUAUCAUGGCACAUGAGAUCGAUUGCACCCAUUCCUUUACCACGUCAGAAAAAUUCCCAACAAAAGAAGCUUUAUUGGCAUGGGUUCGUGAAGUAUGUAAAAGAAUUGGAAUGGUGUUAAUGAUUGCGGGUUCGAGUGACGGGGAUAGAGGACGUAGGACACUGUAUGUGAUUGUUCGUUGUGAGCGUGGGAGCCAUUAUGUUGGCAAGAAGGGGACAAAAGAACCCAAGGAUAAUGAAAAGGCUGAGUGGAAAUUGGAUGUUUAUAGUGGUAUUCACAACCACAACUUAUUUGAAAACUUGAACGGACACUCUUAUACUGGAAGAUUAUCAAAGGAGCGGACUUCCUUUGUUCACACUAUGAAGAAAGCAAUGGUGAAACCAAGGGCAAUUCUAAGAUUAUUGAAGGAAAAGGACCCGUCUAAUGUAACUGGUAUAAAGACAGUUUACAAUACUAUCUCUAAGUUAAAUUUCAGUGAAUUGUCUGGGAGAUCUCAAUUGCAAUUAUUGUUCGUCAAGUUGAAAGAAGAUGAAUACCUCUCGUACCAUAGAUCGAACGAGUUGAAUGCGAUUACCGACUUGUUGUGGAUCCACCCGAAAUGCAUUAAGUUGGCACAGUCGUAUCCGUACGUAUUCAUCAUCGAUUGCACGUACAAGACCAAUCGUUACGGACUCCCAUUUCUUGAGAUUGUGGGAGGCCAUGACAAGUUGUCCUUGGCCUAA